AUGAAGAAGCGUUCGGAGGGAGACAUGAAGGGCUACCUGGGCUACACGGACGAGGCCUUGGUGUCCACGGACUUCGAGACCAACCCGAUCUCUUGCACUUUCGAUUCCAAGGCUGGCAUCAUGCUGGAUCCCACGUUCGUCAAGUUGGUCUGCUGGUAUGACAACGAGUGGGGCUACAGCUGCCGAGUUGUCGAUUUGAUCAAGCACAUGGCCAAGGAGGAUGCCAAGGCGUAA